AUGAUGACAGACAUGCAGCUCGCCAUCUUCGCCGACAUGCUGGGCGUGUCGCCCUUCCGGCUUGUCGCUGUCUGUUACUACGUGGCCGUCAACAAUCCCAAGAAGCAGGAAUGAAAGUGGCACUUUCUCCGCCCCAGGGUUCCAGGGCACAGUCGAGGCAAGAUGGAGGGUGUGAGGGGCCUUCACACUUCACUU